CAAGGAGCACGGCAAGAAUAAUAGCGACGAAAAUAAAAUAACCACUCCUCAGAUUCCAACAGAAAAUUAUCCAGGAAUCGAAAAAGAAUCAAAUGAAUCUGUUUCAGAGUGUACUGCUCCUGGUUUUUUUCCAAAUCUCAAUGAUUGUACAAUGUUUUAUAAAUGCGUUGAGAUGGAAUCGAGAAUAUUGAAAAAGUUUGAUUUUGUUUGUCCUCAACGAACUGUAUGGGAUCAAGACAAAACAAUUUGUAAUUUUCCAUCGGCUGUGGAACAUUUAUCAUGUAAGAACAAGGAUGAUGAUGUAUCCAAGAAAGAUGAAGAAAGCAAUGAGAAUGGAAAACUAAUUACCACUGACUUCCCAACAUCUACUGAACUUCCGACAGGGUCAACCAUUCCUACUGAAUUACCUUGUCCUAUCGGACAUUUGACAGGAGAUCAAAUGGUCUUAGUUUGUCCAACUGGUUUCCGACGUCAUCCAAGAUAUUGUAAUCUUUUCUAUCAAUGUACAACAACAAAUAAUAUUGAUGCUAAAGUUGUUGUAUUCAUUUGCCCAGAAGGCAGAAUUUUUGAUGAUAAAAAGAUACAAUGUGUGAACAAAGAAAGCUUCCAUAAAAUUCUCUAUUCACAUAUCAAUUGUAAGAGUUUUGAUUCAUCUACUACAGAUAUGUCAAAAACACUC